AUGGUCUACGAGUACGAGGAGCCGACAUCCUUCUUUCCCACUGUCUCCACAGAGGUCGUCAAGGACGUCUCACAAUACCAGGCUUAUACAGGCGAUCUCGAUAACAUCCGGUUUCCGGAGCUCAGUGCGGAUGAUGUGGUCAAGCGAGCAAGGCUAGUCUUCAACAAGGAAGAAGCACGUCUGAGGCUGGUGUAG